GUGGCGGCGGGAGCGCUGGCGGCCAUGUCGGCGGGCGGCGGAGCUCCGCGGGACUCGGGCACCGCGGGCGGGCGCCGCAGCAAAUGGGACCAGCCGGGCCCCGCGGGGGCGCUGCUGCUGCCGGGGCCGUUCCCCGAUGGCUCCCCCGGCCCGCGCGGCUCCGGCAGCGCCGCCGCCCCCUCAGGAGCGCUGGACGCGGCCGCGGCCGUGGCGGCCAAAAUUAACGCGAUGCUGAUGGCAAAGGGGAAACUGAAACCCGCGCCCGGCAACGGCGACAAGCUGCAGGCAGUGGGCAAAGGCUCCGUGCCCGGGAAGAGCAAAGAUGAUCUGGUGGUGGCCGAGGUGGAGAUCAACGACGUCCCCUUGAGCUGCAGAAACCUCCUGACCCGGGGACAAACACAGGAUGAG